AAUCCCAUCCCAUCCCAUCAUCCCUUUCCUUCUCCUAGCAUCCCCUCAUUCUUUUCAAAAUUUUUCUUGUCGUAACCCACCUAACCACCAUGAAUGCUUUGGCGCGUAGAAGAUUUGUCCAAAGGACAAUCUUGAUAAGGUUUUGCAGCUCUGUACACAACGAGGUAAUUAUUAAGUUGGAUGAGAAAGACCAAAAGGCUGGCGUUGAGAUGAAUAAGGUUAUCACACCAAUAGCUAGGGAGGCAUGGGUAUUCGUUCAGGUGGAUUGUUUUAUUGUUGAGCUUGUGAAGGCUCUAGUUUCAAAGCUGAAGGACCAGAAGGUUAUCAUUGAGAUGAAAAGGGUUGUCAUACCAAUGCAAGGUUGUUUGUUCAACUAGAGUGCCACACAAUUGAGAUGGAGGUUUUCCCUAAGCCACUAGUUGUAGGCUAUAAGCCAAUGGACCUGUGUUGAGGAAGAUGGACAAAGUGAACAUCAUUGCAUCAACAAUAAAGAAUGCUAGACAAU